UUCCGUGUAUGGAUGUAAUCAAAUGCGAGAUGGUGCUGUGGACCGAAUGGAUAUUAUGAAACAAAAUAAAUACAAUAUCUAAUGUUUCGAUGGACCCAAUCGCAAAUUGAAGCUUCAUUCGYUGUAAAAUCGAUUUCGCGGAUUUAUCUUUUUUGUUUGAUAUAAUUGAUCAGUGAUUACACCCCCCCAACAAACGUCUUUGGCUGUGUGGCUAUGACUACGGAUUUACUAUCUGAUUUGGAAAGUCGUUUCUUCGCUGAUAACCUUCUGACAAGCGAAGAYUGGGAUGCCUGUCUGUACCAGUGUGAGAGCAUGGAGGAGGGAGAGGACGGGGAGUACACGAGAGGACCGAAAUAUGAAACCUCGUUUGACAAYGAUCUCGUGCUGACUCUUGAUCCCGACAAUCCCACGUCGCCGUGGAGACACCUGGACGACAACCUUCUCACAGGGGACAGUCCCGUAUUGAAAGAUAAAAUGACCAUAACGCAGCCUUUGCCAGUGGACAUGUUGUUCCGGGUGAAGGCGGAGCCUCCCUCCCCUGCCUCCUCGCUGGCCUCAGACUGCUCCCUGACGUCACUCCCAGACUCACAGAUCACAGUGAAAGGGGAGAACCCGCCCACACCUCCUUAUAUGUUUGGAGAUGUGCUGUCGCCACCACUUGGCACAUGUGAAGUCACGGUGGCCUCCGCGCCACAGGCCCAACCACAGKCCCAUUUGCUCCCACAGCCACAGCAACACCAAACAGCAGCCAACAAUGGCAUCAACGCACUUGCCACAGUUCACCCCACUGCGGCCACCAUCAAAGCCAGUACCAUCCUGAGCAGUAAGCCUUCCAUCCAGCCCAGGCCUGUGUGUUUAGCGGCUCUCCCCGUCCCCCAGGCUCCCAGUCCAGCCAAGGCCCUCAUACUGCACAGCCUGCCUAGCAUGGACCAGAGCAGGCCUGUGGUGCUUUCCCAGUCUGUCUGUCUGGGGUCCACUCCAGCCAUCGUCAAAAUGGAGCCUGUCUCUCCCACCAUGCCUCACGGCCAUAGCCCCACAGCCCCAUUCCCCAGCAAACCCAUAGUCCCAGCGUCCUCUCUGCCAGGGAGCAAUGGCAUUGAUGUGAGUGUCUGUCAGUCACAUGUCAGUCAGUCAAUGAAGGUGAUGAAGAGGCAGCAGAGGAUGAUCAAGAACCGGGAGUCGGCGUGCCAGUCACGCAAGAAGAAGAAGGAGUACCUGCAGAACCUGGAGGGGCAGCUGAGGGAGGCGCAGCAGGAGAACGAGCGCCUCCGCAGGGAGAACCAGGCCCUGAGGGAGAGGCUUGUCGGGAAAGAGGGCAGUGAGUCUGGUAACAAUAAGAGGGCCGUCUGCGUCAUGGCAGUGCUACUAUUCAUGACMUUCAGUUUCGGCCCUGUCAGUAUCACAGACAGGAAGCUGGAGACGGGAUUACAGGAGGAGGUGGUGCCUCACGCAGGAAGACGUCUCCUGGAGUUUGAGACGGCUCAGGAACACAGCAGAGUGGAGGAAAGGAUGGAUCCUGAGGAGGAGGAGGAGGGAGGAGAGGAUGGGUGGAAGGGAGGAGAGGUGGAGAGGGAAUCCACCGAUUCRUACCAGUUUAGGAACCUGAGUGACGUGUUCAGCGACGUGAAGGAUUUGGUCCUGCAGGACAUCGACCGCUAUUUCACCUCCAAUGACUGCAGGCAGUUCAACCGUUCCGAGUCCCUCAGGCUGGCGGAUGAGCUGAGAGGAUGGGUUCACAGGCACCAGAUCGACAGGAAGAAGUCUGGAGGGAAGCCAAAGAUGGUGAAAAAAGCUAAAAUAGCGCAGAAAGCACAGCUAAGGAAGACGAACUUCUCCAGAUAUCUUCCCAUUCAGACCCAUCGUUCCAUCGAGAGUCAGAUACAAGUGUUCCCUGCCGGUGCCGAGAUCAGCUACAGUGACUUCAUGGACGCCAUCGACCGGCGUGAGGACACCUUCUACGUGGUCUCCUUCAGACGGGAUCACCUGCUGUUGCCUGCCAUCAGCCACAACAAGACCACACGGCCCAAAAUGUCUCUUGUGAUGCCGGCUAUGUCUGUCAACGAGAGUUUAUAUAACAAAUCCCAGGGGUAUGAGAUGAUGAUGCAGGUGGAUUGUGAGGUCAUGGACACCCGGAUCAUCCCCAUCAAAGCCUCCGCUGUUCCCCCGUCCCUCCGCGACCCCCCUCCUGCUCCCCCCGCCCACCAUCACCACAGCAACCACACCUCCCUCCGAGGCCGCCACCAUCCCCACACCGGCAGAGCGGAGUCUCCACGGCAACCCUUAGCUAUCAGAAGACGGGAGGCCGAGUAUUACAUCAGCCAGGGGGGCCAGGUUUGAGGUUAUUGAAGGUGAACAAUUGAGAGGGGGAUUAGAGGAGAAAGGAGAGGUAGCGGAAAACGGGACAGAGAGGGUAAUGGGAGAUCGAAUAGGUGAAGUUAGAUGGGGAGGAGAACUUAAUAAGGGAGAGUUGAAAGGUUGUAGGAGGCAAAUCUGUUAUGGWAUUACGGAGGCCAUCUGUACUAAUUGAAACGGAUGUUUAACAAUGACCUUACGGUGCCCCGAUGUUGAAACGUUGUCUCAGCAACUCAAAGCAAAUGUGUUUAUUCUACUGAAGACUCAAUAUACUAAUAGACCAAUGAGUAAUACCCACUUUGCGAACCUGUUCUGUUUUUAUAUUGAAGAAGUGAAAUAAAAUUUUAAGAAAAAAAUUAUUUAAACAAAGCAAACCUAAAAGGCUAUGCCAUCACCCACGUUAUAUAACCUCAUGCCACUUGACACCCUCUGUUAUUUAUAUAUUUUUUUACAUUCUAGGAUUAAAAGUUUACCAAUGGGCUCCUAACUAAAUAAUUUCUUAAUAUAUACUUUUUUUUUUUUUUUUUU